AUGAAUGUGACGAUGGCCAUUGUUACGGACGUCGAUCUCCGCAAGCCUGCCUCCUUCAUUUCCAACUUUGUCACCUUCGCAGGCGGGUUCAAGCUGAGCCAGCUGCUUGGACGAAACGUCGGUCCAGGCCAGGCUAAUUGGAUGGCCGCAUCCUACCCGCUUACGCAAAGUGCAUUCGUUCUCAUCAGCGGACGCCUAGGCGCCGUCUACGGUCAUCAGAAAAUCCUACUCAUCGGUGGCGGCUUUCUUGUUGUCUUCUCGCUGAUCAACGCAUUCUGCUCAACAUACGAGUCGUUUGUCUCGGCACGCGCUCUCACUGGCAUUGGAGGCGGGCUUCUCAUGCCUAAUGCUGUUGCAAUGCUGAUGAUCAUGGUACCACCUGGUCGCGCCAGAAAUGUUACCAUGGCAUUCUUCGCAGCGUCUCCGCCCAUUGGAGGAUGGUGCGGAGCCAUACUUGCUGGCAUAUUCGUCGAACUAACAGAUUGGAAAUGGCUGUUCAUUUUCAUAGCACUUCUCGGGGCUGUUGUUUUCGGCGGGCUGUUCUUCGCCUUCCCAAAGGAGCAGCCUGUUGAUAAGGGUGGUAAGAUCGACUACAUGGGGGCUGCCCUUGGAUUGAGCAGUCUCCUGCUCUUCAACUUUGCAUGGAAUCAAGCACCUUCCGUCGGGUGGAAGACUCCCUACGAGAUCGCCAUCGUAAUACUCUCCGUCGUAUUAUUCGGGCUUUUUCUGGUAUGGGAGAAGAAGUUUGCAAAAGAGCCUGUCAUGCCGCUCAAGAUCUUCAACGCUCCAACCUUCACCGCUCUAGUCUUUGUGGUGCUCCUGACAUAUAUGUCAUUCGGCAUCUCCAACUGGUACAUGGUCGCUUGGCAACAGUUGAUCAGGGACUGGACAGUGAUACAGCUUGCUAUCGGCUGGAUUCCAUUUGCACUCGGCGCUGUGGCGGCAGUGGGUCUUGCUGCUUGGCUGAUCCCACGCCUGGAUGCGCAGUACAUUCUGGCCAUCGGGGUUGCAGUUGCACUCGUUUCGAACUUGCUCCUCGCAACAAUGCCCGAGCAGCAGACCUACUGGGCGCAAAUGUUCCCCGCCAUUCUCCUUGGCAGUGUUUGUCCCGACUUCGUGUUCGUGGCGGCUCAGGUGAUUGCCAGCAACAGCGUGGGGCGCCGUGAACAAGGUGUUGCAGGCAGUCUCAUUGGCACUCUGAACCUAUAUGGAGUUAGUUUGGGCCUGGGUUUCGCCGGAACCAUCGAGACUGAGAUUGUCAAGGAUAGUAAGGAUGAACUGCCUGGCUAUCGCGCAGCAUUGUAUUUUGGUGUAGCUCUUGCAGCGGCUGCACUAAUCAUGGAUUUUGCCUUCGUUAGAUUGCCGAAAGAUGAUCGUGAAGGAUGGUCCAUUACGGCUGACGAUGAUGUUCCAGGUGUUGGAACAGCCACUGGCGUUGAAGGCGGAACAGCGGCCUGA